AUGAACAUCCGUGUUUCGAGAAACCCGGUUUUUGAUCCGGAACGCGCGCUCCCAAUCCCCUACUUCCUGUGCCAGAUUGAAGAUCUUUUCAAGCAAGCUGCUCCAAACAUGUCGGUAGAAGACAAAGACGUUCUGCUCAAGCUUCAGCAAUCCAUUCUUCAGUCGGACACCUACUUUACGGAAGUUGCCAAGGAACAAGCUGAAAACGAAGUGAAGGAAGCGGAGAAAAAGAAAGACGUCGUUGUCGCCAACUUGUGCAAACUGGGAGAGGAAAUUCUGAAGGCUAGCGAUAAGGCAACGGGUCAGGAGAAGGAUGCUCAGGAGAAAUCUGAUGAGCUCAUCAAGCUGAAGCACGAGGUCAUCCAACGGAUGCGCGAUGUCGUCAGCAUGAAUGAUAAGUACGUUGCCGAGCAAGUGAUUGCAGCCAAGAAUGAGUUGUUGGCUAUCCGAAACGAGAAGAAGCAGGAACUUUUGGAGGAAUUGGAAUUGAUCGAUUUGAAGUAUGUCGUCGACUCGCUUGGACUUGACUUGGCUGCCAAAGGUACCAAAAUUGAUGAGGAUGGAAAACCAAUGGACUAA